AUGCCCUCCUCCUCCACCAUCUCGUCCUCGGACAAGUCCAAGGUCAAGUCCGCCAUCCCCUCCUCUGGCAACAAGAUCAUCACUGCCACCGUCGGUCGUGUCUAUGCUGCCCAUCCCAGCCCAUCACAAUGGAGCUACGCAGGCGUUGAGGGUGCCAUCGCUUUCGUCCGCGAUCUUCACAAAGCCACUUUCUACUUCAAGCUUGUCGACCUCAAAGGCACUCGUGGCGUCAUUUGGGAGCAUGAGCUGUACGAAGGCUUUCAAUACAAUCAGGACCGCGCCUUCUUCCAUUCCUUCGAAGGUGACGAGUGCCUCAUUGGAUUUUCCUUCGCCGACGAGAGCGAAGCCAGCGAUCUCUUCAAGAAGGUCUCAAACCGUUCCAAGUAUGCCAAGUCCAAAUCCUCCUCUUCCAGCAGCAAGAAGAAGAAGGCUACCUCCGGCGGCAAGAUCGAUAAGUCUAUGAUCGGCGCCCCCUCUGGCUUCAAGCAUGUGGCACACAUGGGCUUCUCUACCGAACAUGGCUUUAGCUCUGAAAACGUCGACCCCACCUGGCAAGCGCUUCUCGAGCAGCUCGGCAACCUCGGCAUCAGUGAAAAGGAUAUCCGCCAGAACGAGAGCUUCAUCAAGGACUUUGUUGGCAAACGUGGAGGUCCAGGUGCCGCAUCUAAGCCUCCUCCUCCUGCAGCUCCAAAGGCAAAGAAGGUUCCACCGCCUGCGCCGACCAGCAAGCGUAAAGCACCUCCACCGCCUCCGGCACCAAGGUCUCGUCACGCUGCCACCGCCUCUACAGCGUCUGUAUCCUCGGUCGCGCCCCCUCCACCACCUCCGCCGCGUUCAGGUGCAGGCUCCUCUGCUGCUGCUCCACCACCUCCUCCACCCGCUCCUGCACGUGCGCCAGCCGGCUCAAGCGCACCUCCUCCUCCACCGCCACCACCUCCUAUGCGACCUACAGCUGGUGGUAGCGCACCCCCGCCUCCACCUCCGCCUCCGCCUAUGGGAGGCGGUGGUGCACCUCCACCGCCACCACCUCCACCUCCUGCCGGUGGCUCUGCUCCUGUGCUACCUCCUCAGGACGGCCGUGGCGCACUGCUCGCCUCCAUUCAAGGCAAAAGCGUUCACAAUCUUAAAAAGACCGAUCCAUCUGCCACCCCACCCGUUGGCAGAGCUGCUGUUGCUGGCGGCGCUGCAGCUGGAGCAGGAGCCGCUGCUGCCAUUGCCUCAGGUUCAGAUUGCCCAGGCGCAGGAGGCGGAGAUGGCGAUCUUGCAAGUGCUCUGGCUGCAGCUCUCAGCCAACGCAAGGAGAACAUGGGUGACUCGGACGAGGAGGGCUCGGACGACGAUUGGUAG